UGAACAUCAGCUGAUGAGAGGGGACAGGUGCAAAACAAUAAGACUGAGAGACACAAAAAAAGGAGGACAUUCAUUCUCAUCAUCACCAUCAUCAUCAUCGUCCUCAUGGUGUCAGAUGUCUUCAGUUAAAAUCAACUCCAUCUUGCUGGGUUCUCUUCUCUGCUAAUUGGACCAGAAUACCGGAACAUUUCUAUGAUAUUCCAGGAUUGUCCCGAAACAUCAUGUCUCUUAUUAUUCAGUACGCGUACACAGCAUCUGUCCUGAUUACAGAGGAGAAUGUGCUGGAGCUCUUGGUGGCGGCUGAUCAGUUCUUAGUCUCAGGUCUUGUAGAUGCCUGCUGUCAGUUCCUGGAGUCACGCUUACGUCCGGAGAACUGCGUUGGCAUCCGCAUGUUCACAGAGGAUUUCCACUCCUGCUCAAAGCUCUGCCGUAAAGCAAAGCUCUACAUCCUGCAGCACUUUGAGGAGGUUCUGCAAGUAUCUGAGGAGUUCCUGGAGCUCUCACUGGAACAGCUCGAGGACAUCAUUGAGAAGGAUGAGCUGAAUGUCAAACAGGAGGAGCUGGUUUUUGAAGCCGUGCUCCACUGGAUUGAUUACGCACCUGAAAGCAGGAGGAAACACAUCACCAUGCUUCUGCCAAAGGUUCGAAUGGGAUUGAUGACAUCAGACUACUUCAUCAAUAAUGUAAAGAGCAAUGCACUGGUGAUGGAGAAUGAAGCCUGCAUGCCUCUCAUCAUCAAUGCAAUGAAGGCUUUGUUUGAAUUUGACAUGGAUUUACAUGGACCCAUCAGCUUAGAGCUCAUUCAUCAACUGACACGCCCACGUCUGCCCUCUGCGAUCCUAUUGGCCAUCGGAGGAUGGAGCAACGGCAAUCCCUCCAAUGUGAUCGAAGCAUAUGAUGCAAAAGCAGACCGCUGGGUCAGUGUGACUCUUGAGGAUGAGCGUCCCAGAGCCUAUCAUGGCACAGCUGUCCUGGAUGAGUUCGUCUACUGUGUUGGUGGUUAUGACAGUGUGGAGUAUUUCAACAGUGUGAGGAAGCUCAAUCUAAUCACUCAAACUUGGCAUGAGGUGGCUCCCAUGUAUGAACGGCGAUGCUAUGUUAGUGUUGCUGCUCUGGAUGGGUUCAUUUAUGCCAUCGGUGGCUUUGAUGGACAUGGACGGCUCAAAUCAGCAGAACGCUAUGAUCCUGACACCAACCAGUGGACACUGACCGCAUCCAUGAACGAACGGAGGAGUGAUGCCAGCGCCACAUCACUGCACGGCAGGGUUUAUAUCUGUGGAGGUUUUACUGGGACAGAGUGUCUCUUCUCAGCUGAAAGCUUUAACCCUAACACAAACCAGUGGACUCUCGUCGCUCCCAUGAGAAGCCGGCGCAGUGGUGUCGGUGUGAUCGCUUACGGGGAUCUAGUUUAUGCUGUUGGUGGUUUUGAUGGUGCCAACCGUUUGCGGACCGCAGAAACCUACAACCCACAGACUAACAUCUGGUGUGAUAUAGCAUCCAUGUACAAUCCACGCAGUAACUUUGGCAUUGAGGUAGUUGAUGAUCAGUUGUUUGCUGUUGGAGGGUUUAAUGGACUCAGCACAACGUCUGAUGUGGAGUGCUACGAUGAGAAGACAAAUGAAUGGUUUGAUGCAAAUGAAAUGGCCAUUUUCCGCAGUGCUCUCAGUUGUUGCAUAAUAUCAGGAUUGCCUAACAUGGCACAGUAUGCUGCCCAGCGAGAUGCAGUCCAGAUACGAGAUGAGUCUGGCAGUGAAUGACCUGCUUUCAGCACCAUUCGGACCUUUCACAGCACCUGUGAUGUCACACAUGAAUAAAUGCAAUCAAAAAAAAAUUUUGUAUUCUGAGUGUUAAUCUUCCUGUCAGAUAUGGUGUUGUUCAGAAGAUUGUAGGUUCAAAUCCUUCAAGUGUAAAAAUAAUUCUCAGUUGUUGUCCCAUUAGGACUGUUCCUGUAUUAUUGAACUAAAUUGCUUUGGAUAAAAGCUUCUAAAUUACAACAAAAUCUGAAUCUUAACAUAUUGAUAAAAACGACAGUAAGUGACUAAAAAUGCGGUGUCUAAUAUUGGGAAUAAUGUUUAGUAAAAUGUUUUGUUUUCAUGAACGGUUUAAUAAUCACUGUAAACGACACCAUGAAUACAUGUCAUUUUUAUAUAUAUCUGAUUACAUAUCUUGUAUGAUUGAUUUAGCUCCUAAAUAAUCAGUGAUGUUUUUAUUACUGUAUGACUUCUGAAAACAAUCAAGAGUACACCAGUUGUACUGAAUGUGUGUGUAACUUAGUAAUUUAUUUAUUCAUAAAAACAUACAUAUGAUACUUGUACGUUUAGCGCCAUCUAGU